AUGUCAUCUGUCACCAAUGAAGUUAUCUUUGUGGCAACUUAUCUACUCGCACAGACAUACACCGCCAUCGCGACAGAAGUCAACGUCCUCGGGCUCGUCUGCCGCGGAACACCCGCAUACUUCUCCGAGCACAUAACCACCACGGCUUUGGAUUACGAAAAGGACCCCGGCUGGCAGUACCUGCGCCAAUCGAGGGAGCAGGCUCUUGAGGAUCAGUCCAAACCCUAUGACUCGAAGAAGAACUGUUGGGUCCCCGAUGCGGAGGAAGGGUAUAUCGCGGCUGAGAUUACCGGUACAAAAGGAGACUCGGUUACCGUAGUCACUGCUCGUGGAAAUGAGGUGACACUCAAGAAAGAACUUGUGCAGGAAAUGAAUCCUCCAAAGUUCGAAAAAACCGAGGAUAUGUCAAAUUUGACCUUCCUUAACGAUGCAUCUGUACUUCACAAUCUCCGAGCUCGUUAUGCGUCUAUGCUUAUCUACACCUACUCUGGUCUGUUCUGUGUGGUCAUCAAUCCAUACAAACGUCUUCCAAUCUAUACCGAAUCGGUGGCGUCGAUGUUCAUGGGCAAAAGGCGAACAGAAAUGCCUCCGCAUCUGUUCGCCGUAUCCGAUUUGGCCUACAGAAACAUGCUUCAAGAUCACGAGAAUCAGUCUAUGCUGAUCACAGGAGAAUCUGGAGCCGGAAAGACUGAAAACACCAAGAAAGUAAUUGCCUACUUCGCCAACGUUGGUGCUACCCAGCAAGGUGGCGCUGCUGCCGAACCUGGAAAGAAGAAGGUCACACUAGAGGAUCAAAUUGUCCAGACUAACCCCGUAUUGGAGGCAUUCGGUAACGCCAAGACCGUCCGUAACAACAACUCGUCCCGAUUCGGAAAAUUCAUUCGAAUCCAUUUCAACAAGACUGGACGUUUGGCCUCUUGCGAUAUCGAGCACUACUUGCUUGAGAAAUCUCGUGUGAUUCGUCAAGCUCCGGGAGAACGUUGCUACCACAUUUUCUACCAGAUUUUCUCUGAUUUCAAGCCUGAGCUGAAGAAAACGCUUCAACUUGACAAACCUCUGAAAGAGUACUGGUUUGUGGCCCAAGCUGAACUGACCAUCGAUGGUGUCAACGACAAGGAAGAGUUCCAAAUGACCGACGAGGCUUUCGAUAUUCUGAACUUCUCCCCCGAAGAAAAGAUGAAUUGCUAUCGUCUUAUGGCUGCUCUCAUGCAUAUGGGUAACAUGAAAUUCAAACAGCGCCCACGUGAAGAGCAAGCCGAACCAGAUGGCACUGAUGAGGCCGAGAAAGCGUCCGCCAUGUACGGUGUAAACGCCGAGGACUUCAUUAAAGCGCUCACAAAACCGCGUGUAAGAGUCGGAACCGAAUGGGUGAAUAAGGGACAGAACAUGGAACAGGUCAAUUGGGCUACCGGUGCCAUGGCCAAGGGAGUUUAUGCUCGUAUCUUCAACUGGUUGGUCAAGAAAUGUAACCUUACCCUUGAUCAACAUGGCGUCAGCCGUGACUACUUCAUCGGUGUGUUGGACAUCGCCGGUUUUGAGAUCUUCGACUUCAACUCCUUCGAACAGUUGUGGAUUAAUUUCGUAAACGAAAAACUACAACAAUUCUUCAACCAUCACAUGUUCGUCCUGGAGCAGGAAGAAUACGCUCGAGAGGGUAUCCAGUGGACUUUCAUCGACUUCGGUCUCGACUUGCAAGCUUGUAUCGAACUAAUUGAAAAGCCCCUUGGUAUCAUCUCCAUGCUUGAUGAAGAGUGUAUCGUCCCCAAGGCUACUGACAUGACGCUGGCGCAGAAGCUGAACGAUCAGCAUCUUGGCAAACACCCGAACUUCGAGAAACCCAAACCACCAAAGGGAAAACAGUCCGAGGCUCACUUUGCUAUGCGUCACUACGCCGGAACUGUACGAUACAACGUAACGAACUGGCUCGAGAAGAACAAGGACCCCUUAAACGACACCGUUGUCUCCGUCAUGAAACAAUCCAAGGGUAACGAUUUGCUUGUGGAAAUCUGGCAAGACUACACCACUCAGGAAGAAGCCGCCCAGAAAGCCAAGGAAGGUGGUGGCGGCGGUAAGAAGAAGGGAAAGUCUGGGUCGUUCAUGACUGUCUCUAUGCUGUAUCGUGAGUCACUGAACAACCUGAUGGGUAUGUUGAACAGAACACAUCCCCACUUCAUCCGUUGCAUCAUCCCUAACGAGAAGAAGACGUCUGGAUUGAUUGACGCGGCUUUGGUGCUUAACCAGCUGACAUGUAACGGUGUACUGGAAGGUAUCCGUAUUUGUCGUAAAGGUUUCCCGAACAGAUCUCUUCACCCGGAUUUCGUACAACGUUAUGCCAUCCUGGCCGCUAAAGAAGCCAAGUCGGAAGAGGACAAGAAGAAGUGCGCAGAGGCCAUGCUGUCGAAGCUGGUGAAUGAAGGCUCGCUAGCGGAUGACAUGUUCCGUAUUGGUCUCACCAAAGUGUUCUUCAAAGCCGGAGUACUGGCCCAUCUUGAGGAUCUGCGUGACGAGAAGUUGGCCAUUAUCAUGACUGGAUUCCAAGGACAAAUCCGUUGGUACUUGGGACUUGUGGACCGUAAGCGACGUAUGGAACAGAAAGCUGGACUGCUCAUUAUCCAACGCAACGUCCGUUCAUGGUGCACCCUCCGAACCUGGGAAUGGUUCAAGUUGUACGGUAGAGUCAAGCCAUUGCUUAAAGCAGGAAAGGAAGCUGAGGAAUUGGAGAAAAUCAACAAGAAGGUCGAGGAACUCGAGGCCAGCUUGUCUAAUGAAGAGAAGCUGAGAAAGGAGCUCGAGGAUAACGCUACCAAGCUGUUGGAGGAGAAAAAUAAUCUGUUCACACAACUUGAGGCUGCCAAGGGACAAUUGUCUGAGGCUGAGGAACGGUUGAACAAGCUAAACUCACUAAAAGGAGAUGCUGAUAAACAACUUGCGGAGUUGAACGAACGCCUUGCUGAGCAAGAAGACCGAAACGCCGAUGUCCAGCGAGCCAAGAAGAAGGUCGAAGCGGAACUCGACUCGCACAAAAAACAGAUCCAAGAACUCGAGAUGAGCUUGCGCAAGGCCGAAUCUGAGAAACAAUCCAAGGAUCACCAAAUCCACUCGCUUCAAGAUGAAAUGCAGCAGCAAGAUGAGGCCAUCGCCAAGCUUAACAAGGAAAAGAAGCACCAAGAGGAAAUCAACCGCAAGCUUAUGGAGGAUCUCCAGUCGGAAGAGGACAAGUCGAACCACACAAACAAAGUGAAAGCCAAGUUGGAACAGACCUUAAAUGAUCUCGAAGACAACCUCGAACGUGAGAAGAGGUCUCGGGCUGAUCUUGAUAAGCAGAAGAGAAAGGUUGAGGGUGAACUGAAGAUUGCGCAGGAGAACAUUGACGAGGCUGCUCGACAACGUCACGAUCUCGAGAACAACCUGAAAAAGAAGGAAAGCGAACUACAUUCCAUUAGCAGCCGACUGGAAGAUGAGCAAGCUCUUGUGAGCAAGCUCCAGCGACAAAUCAAGGAGGGACAAAGCCGUAUAUCUGAAUUGGAAGAGGAACUCGAAAGCGAGCGCCAGUCUCGUGCCAAGGCCGACCGUGCUAAAUCUGAUCUCCAAAGGGAAUUAGAAGAGCUAGGCGAACGUCUUGAUGAGCAAGGUGGAGCCACUGCUGCUCAGGUUGAGCUGAACAAGAAGCGCGAAGCCGAGCUCGCUAAGCUACGCCGUGAUCUGGAAGAGGCCAACAUGAACCAUGAGAACCAGCUAGGUGGACUGAGGAAGAAGCACACCGAUGCUAUCGCCGAACUGACUGACCAGCUUGACCAACUGCAGAAGCAGAAGGCCAAGAUUGAGAAGGAGAAGAUCCAAGCCCAUAAAGAAGCCGAAGACCUCGCUGCACAACUCGAUGCCGAGACUUCUGCCAAGCUGAACAACGAGAAGCUUGCCAAGCAGUUCGAACUGCAGCUCACUGAGCUCCAAGCCAAAUGCGACGAGCAGUCGCGACAACUGCAGGAUUUCACUUCACUCAAAGGGCGUUUGCACACCGAAAACACCGACAUCGCUCGUCAACUCGAAGAUGCCGAAUCACAGCUGAACCAAUUUUCGCUUCUGAAGAGCCAGCUGACCAGUCAGCUCGAAGAAGCUCGCCGAACUGCAGAUGAAGAAGCCCGUGAGCGCCAAACCCUCGCUGCUCAGGCUAAAAACUACCAGCACGAGGCUGAACAGCUGCAGGAGAGCUUGGAAGAAGAGAUCGAGUCGAAGAACGAGAUCAUGCGCCAGCUCGGCAAGGCCAAUGCCGAGAUCCAGCAAUGGAAAGCUCGAUUCGAAGGCGAAGGCCUUAUCAAGGCUGAUGAGCUCGAGGAUGCGAAGAGACGUCAGGCUCAGAAGAUCAACGAGCUCCAAGAGGCUCUUGACGCCGCCAACUCCAAGAUCGCUUCGCUUGAAAAGACCCGAAGCCGUUUGGUUGGAGAUUUGGAUGAUGCUCAGGUUGAUGUGGAACGCGCCAAUGCCUUCGCCAACUCUCUCGAGAAGAAACAGAAAGGCUUCGACAAGAUCGUUGACGAAUGGAGAAAGAAGACUGAUGACCUCUCGGCCGAACUUGACGCAGCUCAGCGAGAAGCUCGCAACAUUUCCACCGAACUCUUCAAGGCCAAGAAUGUCCAAGAGGAGCUGCACGAGGUUGUUGAAGGACUGCGCCGUGAGAACAAGAGUCUCAGCCAGGAAAUCAAGGACUUGACCGAUCAACUUGGUGAAGGAGGACGAUCCGUGCAUGAAAUGCAGAAGAUCAUUCGCCGUUUGGAAAUCGAGAAAGAGGAACUGCAACAUGCGCUAGACGAGGCUGAAGCUGCCCUGGAAGCUGAGGAAAGCAAGGUGCUUCGAGCGCAGGUUGAGGUGUCACAAAUCCGCUCGGAAAUUGAGAAGCGCAUCCAGGAGAAGGAAGAGGAGUUCGAAAACACCCGUAAGAACCACCAACGUGCCAUGGAGUCGAUGCAGGCUUCACUGGAGACCGAAGCCAAAGGAAAGGCUGAAGUUUUGAGAGUGAAAAAGAAGCUCGAGGCUGACAUCAAUGAACUUGAAAUUGCUCUCGAUCAUGCGAACAAGGCUAAUGCUGAUGCGCAGAAGAACUUGAAGAAGUACCAGGAACAGAUUCGCGAGUUGCAGCUCCAGGUUGAGGAGGAACAGAGGAACCGUGACGAUAUUAGAGAGCAGUUCUUCAACGCUGAAAAACGCGCCACCGUGCUUGAAUCGGAGAAGGAAGAACUUCUUGUAGCUAAUGAGGCAGCCGAACGAGCCCGGAAGCAAGCCGAAAAUGAAGUUGCUGAGAGUCGCGACCAGGUUAACGACCUUACCGGACAAGCCGCUUCACUAGGUGCCGCUAAGAGAAAACUCGAAGGAGAAAUACAGGCUAUCCAUGCUGACCUUGAUGAAACCCUUAACGAGUACAAGGCUGCUGAAGAACGUAGCAAGAAAGCCAUGGCUGAUGCUGCCCGACUUGCCGAAGAACUUCGUCAAGAACAAGAGCAUUCAAUGCACAAUGAGGGCUUGCGUAAAGGACUUGAGCAACAGCUCAAGGAAAUGCAAGUGCGUCUUGACGAAGCCGAGGCCGCUGCACUCAAGGGAGGAAAGAAGGUGAUCGCCAAAUUAGAACAGCGCGUGCGCGAGGUAGAAUCUGAACUGGACGGGGAACAACGCCGCUACCAAGAAGCUAACAAGAAUCUUAGCAAAGCAGACCGCCGAGUUCGGGAACUGCAAUUCCAGGUUGACGAGGACAAGAAGAACUUCGGCCGCCUACAAGACCUAAUCGAUAAACUGCAAACGAAACUGAAGACGCAAAAGAAACAGAUUGAGGAGGCGGAAGAAGUCGCCAACUUGAACUUGCAAAAGUAUCGCCAGAUCCAACAUCAACUCGAAGAUGCCGAAGAACGUGCCGAUGUCGCUGAGAAUUCGUUGUCGAAGAUGAGAGCCAAGUCACGAUCCAGCGCUUCCUUAGCUCCCGGAGGUGGUGGUCUCCAAACCUCCCAAUCCGCCACAGUAAUGCGAUCGGCUUCUCGUUCCCGUGCCAGUGCCGCCGACUUCUAAUUUCUUUUGCUCAUUCUAUCGCCUUAUACAUCAAUUUCACGCACAUAGUUCUCUAUCAUAAGUGAAGAGUGUGAUAUUUUAUUUUCUUUUUGUAAUAAUUAGUGCAUAGUACUGUCGACUAGUCCAGGACGCAGACUUAUUCCGCGUCUCAUUUCACUGUGAGAGACGAUGGUGCCCAAGGUUGAGUGCUAUUGUUCCACAUUUUUUCACACGAUCUUCUAGAUUUGUAUGAAAUUCACCUCCGCACACGCUCAGCUUAAAGAUAGCC